GAACACGAGCUGGAGAAGGCUGAGAGGAGCAGCAACGUAGAAACACUCGAACUGGAAGUACGUACUCUGCAAAAUGAGAAAAUAAACCUGGACAAAGCCCUUACGAAGUUGGAUCAAGAGAUGGAACAGUUGAAUCUACACACCAUGACAAUUACCCAGAUGGAGAUGCUGAAGAAAGACAAAGCAGACAAAGAAGACCAUAUUAAGAAAGUGAAAUCCAGUCAUUCUGAUGAGCUGACGUCACUGUUGGGAUACUUUCCAAAUAAAAACCAACUUGAAGACUGGCUUCAUGGCAAAAAUAGAAAGAUUAAUCAGACAAGGGAUAAUCUUGCUGACCUUAACAAACGACUGGCAUCGGUAGAAUAUCAUAUAUCCUAUGUCAGUAACGAGCUGAAAAAGAAAGAAGCCCAGUUGUCCCUUCAUGAAGCAAAACUUUUUGAUGUUUGUGGAAGCAGAGAUUUUGACAGUGAUCUGAACAGACUUCAAGAAGAAAUUGAAAAAAGUUCAAAACAGCGAGCUGUGCUUGCUGGAGCCACUGCGGUUUAUUCGCAGUUCAUUACCCAGCUGACGGAGGAGAACCAGUCCUGUUGUCCGGUCUGUCGGAGAGACUUUCAGACAGAGGCCGAACUGCAAGAGGUAAUCAGCGACCUGCAGUCGAAGCUGCGUCUUGCCCCAGACAAACUGAAGUCGACGGAGUCUGAGCUUAAAAGAAAAGAGAAAAAACGUGAUGAAAUGAUGAGUCUUAAACCACUUCGGCGAACUGUAGUUGAACUCCAAGACAGGGACAUACCAGACUUGAGGAACAAGAUACAGAACGCAAACAGAGAUUUAACAGGCCUGAAGGGCGAUAUAGAAGAACAGGAAACAGUCUUGCAGACAGCCUUGUCUGAGGAGGAAGGUGCCAAGGCUUGUUUAGAGGAUAUAACACUGAUGGAAAGGUACCAGACUGAUAUUAUGGAUGUUGAACGAAAAAUUGCUCAGCAGGAGAUUAAACUGCUAGGGGUCGAUUUAAAUAGAACUGCUCUCCAUGUAAAAAAAGAAAAACAAGAGAAAAAACACUUGUGGGAUACAGUUACUAGUAAAAUUGAGUUAAAUCAAAAACUCAAGCAGGACCAGCAAAAUCAGAUUCAGCAGCUAAAGAGUGCAGUUAAUGAGCUUAAAGCAGAGAAACUUCAGAUUCUCGGCAGCAUCCAGCGUCGUCGACAGCUGGAGGAACAAACAGUGGAAUUAACUACCGAGGUUCGAUCCUUAUGCAGAGAGAUCACGGAAGCAAAAGAACAGCUAUUUCCUUUGGAUGCAACCUUAGAAAAGCUGCAGCAGGAGAAGGAGGAUCUAAUGAACAAACGGACUGCAAGUAACAAAGAAACACAAGAGAAGAUAAAUGGCAUAAAAGAGAAAGUUAAAGACAUAAACAAGUACAUGAAAGAAAUUGAAAACUACAUACGACAAGGAAGAGACGACUAUAAAAAGCAAAAGGAGUCUGAACUUGAUGAAGUAAAUUCUCAGUUAGCUGCCUGUGAGAAACAGAAGGAGAAGACAAGUAAAGAGAUGGAAACGAUUCGCCAGGAUAUUGACACUCAGAAGAUCCAGGAAAGGUGGCUAGAGGAUAAUCUUACUUUGAGGAAACGGAAUGAAGAGCUAAAAAAAGUUGAAGACAAUAUAAAACAGUUUAUGAAGGAGAUGGGAGAAAUGGAAGUCCUGCAAAUGAAAGAUGAAAAAAAACAGUUAGAGGAGAAAAUAGAAUCCCUGAAAAGGAACCAUCAUGUUGCACUUGGCCGACAACACGGAUUUAAGGAGGAGAUUGCUCGGUUUAAAAAGGAACUUCAAGAGUCACAAUUCAGAGAUGCAGAGGAGAAAUACAGGGAGAUGAUGAUUGUUAUGAGAACAACAGAGCUGAUGAACAAAGAUCUGGACCUCUAUUACAAGGCUCUUGAUAAAGCAAUAAUGACAUUUCAUAGCAUGAAGAUGGAAGAAAUCAACAAAAUAAUCCGGGACCUUUGGCGAAGCACCUACAGAGGACAAGAUAUUGAAUAUAUAGAAAUUCGUUCUGAUGCAGAUGAGAAUGUCUCAGCCUCUGAUAAAAGAAGAAGUUACAAUUACAGAGUAGUGAUGGUAAAGGGAGAUACAGCACUGGAUAUGCGAGGAAGAUGUAGUGCUGGGCAAAAGGUGCUUGCUUCUCUUAUUAUUCGUCUUGCUCUGGCCGAAACAUUCUGUCUCAACUGCGGCAUAUUGGCACUGGAUGAGCCAACUACCAAUCUUGAUCGAGAAAACAUAGAGUCUCUUGCACACGCGCUGGUGGAGAUAAUAAAAAGCCGCUCGCAGCAGCAUAACUUUCAGCUUCUGGUGAUAACUCACGAUGAAGAUUUUGUUGAACUUCUGGGCCGUUCCGAAUACGUGGAAACGUUCUACAGGAUAAGAAAGAACAUCGACCAGUGCUCCGAGAUCAUGAAAUGCAGCGUCAACUCCCUAGGCUCGUACGUUCCUUAG